CAACAAAUCCCCAAGUUUAAUUUUGGUGAGUUUCUAAAAAUACAGAUUUCUCGCUAUGUCAUGCCUAUAAAUGUAACGAACACAGGCUUAAUUGUGGUAAAGAUUACUACUUUUUCUCUGGUACAUUGCAAGUUGAGAAAAUGGGUAGGCUUUUUGUGAUAACUCUUGAAGGAAGCAUCUACAAAUGCAAGCACUGUCAAACCCAUUUUGCUUUGGCUGAUCACAUUAUUUCUAAGUCAUUCCACUGCAGUCAUGGGAGAGCUUACCUCUUUGAUAAAGUUGUGAAUGUAACCGUUGGAGCAAAAGAAGAGCGGAUGAUGAUGACCGGAAUGCACACUGUUGUUGACAUAUUCUGUGUGGGGUGUGGCUCAAUUGUGGGCUGGAAAUAUGAAGCCGCACAUGACAAGACUCAAAAGUACAAGGAAGGGAAAUUCAUUCUUGAGAGGUUUAAGGUCGCGGGUCCAGAUGGAAGCCUCUAUACAGUAAGCCAUGAUGAUGAGCUUGGAAGCGAUGAUGAACCUUAACUAGCCAUCCUACCAUAUCAUUACUCAUCCCUUAAUAGUCAACUGUACAUACUCUAACUUCCUCCCUUGUUGGUAUAAGGAACCUUGAUUUUCAUACGCUAACUUGUAAUAGCCAAGUUUUACAGGAUACUUUUAGAAUGGU